AUGGAAAGGUCUCUUUUUUCAACCAAGAAUGUUAAACUUUUGACUAAAAAAAUGGGACACACUAUUCAACUGAAAUCCGUUGGGUGAAAACUGAAAAGUACUCGGUACUACAUAGAAUUAUACGGAGUAUCAUGACCCAAGAUCAAAUCACCGUCCCUGGUUAUAAGUUCCACAAGAAAAUCCUUUCCUCUCUUCCUUAAUUGCAGGUAGAGGGCGUCAGAGAGAAUAAUUAGUUAUGCAGGUGCAGGGCGCCAUUGUUGUUCUGGUAAAGCUUCUCAUCAUCAUCGCCGCUUCUUUAGUCAGAACAUCAUCGUCUCUCAAGGUUGGAGAAACAUGUUCUGCUACACGCACAUGCGAUGAUGGCUUGUUCUGUUCCACCUGCCUUGCAAAUGGAAAUACCCGUCCCAGAUGCGUUCGCACCAAACCCACCAUUCCCACGUCUAAGGUGAAAGGGUUGCCAUUCAACAAGUAUUCAUGGCUGACGACUCACAAUUCAUUUGCUCGGUCAGGGGCCAAAUCAGCCACCGGAUCUGAUAUUAUAUCUCCAAAGAAUCAAAAUGACAGCAUCACUGAUCAGCUCAAGAAUGGGGUUAGAGGACUUAUGCUUGAUAUGUAUGACUUUAACGGUACCAUCUGGUUGUGCCACUCAUAUGGUGGGAAUUGCUACAAUGUUACAUCUUUUGAACCUGCCAUUGGUGUGCUGAAAGAAAUUAAUACCUUUCUUGGUGAAAACCCCUCUGAGAUUAUCACUAUUUUCAUUGAGGACUAUGUGACUUCCCCACAAGGCUUGAAAAAGGUUUUUAAUGAAUCUGGCCUUAGCAAGUACUGGUUUCCAGUGUCUCAAAUGCCCAAAAAUGGGGGGGAUUGGCCUACAGUUGAUGAUAUGGUGAAUAAGAAUCAACGGCUGGUUGUCUUUACCUCUAAAAGAAAUAAGGAGGCUACUGAUGGGAUUGCUUACGAGUGGACAUAUGUAGUGGAAAACCAAUAUGGAACAGAGGGAAUGGUGGCUGGUUCAUGUCCAAACCGUGCAGAAUCAUCUCCUAUGAAUAAUGCAAAAAGCUCAUUAGUUUUGCAGAAUUAUUUUCCAACCAAUCCUGUUGAAGCAUACUCAUGUGUUAAUAAUUCUGCUGGACUAAUUAGUAUGAUGGAUACUUGUUACAAAGCAGCUGGUCAGCGUUGGCCCAAUUUCAUUGCAGUUGAUUUUUACAAGGAGAGUGAUGGUGGUGGUGCAGCAGAAGCGGUGGAUCAAGCAAACGGUCAGUUGGCUUGUAACUGUACUAGCAUUGCCUAUUGCAAGAAAAACGGUCAAUCUACCGUGUGCGAAGCACCUAAGCUGUCCCCACCACCACCGGCAGCAUCAUCAGCCACUGAUUCAACAUUGCCAGAUUCCAGCGAUAGUAAUGAUUCAUCAGUGUGCAGGCCUCCCCAACAGCUUCACUGGUUGAUGGUUAUGAAUAUGUUCACAAUAACAGUCUUAUUAUGGUGGUUGUAAACUGGCAGUCACUUAGCCACUGGUCGCGGGAAAUCUACACAAUUUUUUUUAAAUACCCAAGUUGAGUUGUACCAAUGCAGAGAAUCGACUCGUUCUUUUCUGUAUUCGCUUGAUAGGUUAUUGUGAAUAUGUGAUUCUCUAAAACUUGCAAGAGUGGUAUGUAACUGUGGGCAGGGGCCGAGGGGCUUGGAGAAUGGUUCAGAAAAAUGAUAUUAUUUGAAUGGUGGGAGAGACUGAGGGACUAGGAUAGAGGUUCUGAAAAAAAUGAUGUUGUUUGAUAGGAAUAUCCUUUGGGUGUUGGUUUAGUGCCAUCCUCACUCAUUCACUUGAGGGGUGUAUGGGAGGAGAUUUUAGCUUUCUUUGCACAAGUUUUAACCUUCUCCCUGCAUAUAUCGUUACCCUUAUAUGAUGGUUUGUAUUGCAGCUAGGGUUAGAAUGUGUUGAGCUUGAGCUUGAUUUGGGAUCGUUUGUUGAUGAAUU